AUGAACCCUCGUCGCUCCUCUCGAGCCCGCGCAACGCACCCAGCAUCCGCCGCAAUGCAGCAUUCGGCCUCCUCCAGCUCGCUCAACUCCCUCAGCCGGCCGGAGCGAACCACACGGUCGAAUAACAACGGUAACAAGCCUACUCCGCCGCGCCGGUCGGCUGCUCAGCGGUCCCAGUCGCUGGACGAUGGCGCGGACACGGCCAGCUCGAAGAACGACGCCGCCACCUCUGGAUCGGGCUCUGGCUCUGGCACAAGCACCCGCCAGCAGCGACAGUCCAGGGGCCGCGAGGAAGUCGAGGCCGAUGCCGAUGCCGACGUGACGCUGACGGGAGACGAGUUCGACGAAGAGGGCGAGGAGGAGAUCACACGCUGUAUCUGCGGCCACCAAGACUACCCGGGUCUGCCUGCACACCGCGGCGGCGCCGCUACUGCGUCCUCGUCAAAGGGCGGCAAGGACGGCGACGGCCAGGGUGCGGGCUCCGGGGCUGAUGCUCAGUCUGACGAUGCCGGCAGCCUGUUCAUCCAGUGCGAUGAGUGCAAGGUCUGGCAGCACGGCGGCUGCGUCGGCAUCAUGGAAGAGGCCUCGAGUCCUGACGAGUAUUUCUGCGAGAGAUGCCGCAAGGACUUGCACAGUAUCAUUGUCGGACCUCAUGGUGGUGGCUGGUAUCUCUCUUGCCUAUUCACCGCUGCUGUGUUCUUGCGAUUCACAACAUCCUCCAUUGAUUUCUCCGGCACUACCUACACUUUCAAUUGUUCUCGCAACACACGUUAUACAGUAUAUAGGAUGGCUUCACUCCCUCCCUUGAGCCCUGCUGCUCUCUCUUUAUCCUCACCACAUCACCCUUCCACCUGCCUUGCUCCUCAAUCACUGGCUUCAUUUGAACUCCGGCAUUCCUCAAAAUCCGGGUCUACCUCAUCGGCAUCCUCAACUACCUCAAGAGAGACCGCGAAAACUUCGAAGGACAAGAAGCUCAAGAGCAGCGAUACGUCUCCUCGCACUAAACGUAGAACCAUGAACAGCCGUGAUGCUGCCUACGAUGAGGAAGAGCUGUUACGCAGAGCCAUUGAGGAGAGCAAAGAAGACACUGCCUCCCUGGCCGAAGAGACUACUACCGGCCGCAGAGGCAAGAGAAGCCGCAGUGUUAGCGAACUAAACAAACAAGCUGCUAAGAGACAGAGGACAAGCUCGCCUUCCCCCUCUUCCCGCUCAAAACCCUCCCGGCGCAACACCCGUUCUCCCUCAGAAGAAGAAACAAAGUCAAAGACUGCAAGUGUCAAUGGCAACCAAAAGAAAACUAGAGCCACUCGGAACCAGCGCGAAAAGGAGCCUGAGCCUGAACCUGAACCCGAGAAGGAGGCUGCGCCUGAACCCGUUAGCCGACGUAAAGGCAGAUCUGACCGUCGCAAAGGCGAAGACUCUGAACCCCCCGAAACCACUUCUCCCACAAAACCCACUCCAAAUGCACCUGCACAGUCCGCCCCAGAUACACCAACAGCUUCUACACCUGUUUCCAAACCUGCCACCCGCAAAUCUGGCCGACCCCCGGCCCGACGUGGCCGUCUAGGCCGUAACCAGUACACUCGUGACCGUGAUCCUCCCAAUGGCACUACAGACGCCAUCUCCAACUCUCCUCGUCGAGGCCAGUCCCGCGAGGAUGUCACAACAGGCGACUCUCCCACCAGCGCCUCCAACACAGGGCCCAACGGCACGUAUGCAAACGGCGAGACCGGCAAAGCAAGUCGACCACGCUACAUGAACCCCAAUCGCACUACAAUGAACGACAUGCGGCGGCGCGUAGCCGCCAUCCUCGAAUUCAUUUCGCGGCUACAAGUGGAAAUGGCGGCCAGCGGUGAACAACCGACUCGACCGCCAGGCGAUUCAAGCUCGACAAUGGCAACAACAAGCCGUGAUAUGGCGGCCACCAUUGCGAAAGCAGAGGCAAUACUAAACGGCCUAACUAAUGGCACAUCGUCGAGCGAAUGCCAAAGCUCGUCAGAUGCACAGGCAGCUCCAACUUCAGCACCAGCUCCUGACGCAGACGCUGCUGGCAAGGACAAGGACUUCAAGGACCUCACCAGCGGCGAGAUGAUGGACGUCCUGACCAGAGGCUUGUUCAAGUGGCAGGAACUCUUCGGCAAAUAUGGUGAUAAAUAA